CGAAAGUGAAAGGUCACGAUAUAUGUCGUAUGUUUGGACUAUUGUACCACACGUUUGAUAACGUUAGAUAACACUGUUAUACAUAAUUAUUUGGAUUUAAUCGGAAAGAAUGACAGGCCAACUCAGAGAUUCGGACAAGACACAACUGGAACAGUGGAUCGGUCAAGGACAAAAACAAUUUACUCUUCUGUACAGUGCAACAUCUGAUGGCUGUACAUCACAGAAGUUCCACGAGAAAUGUGACUACCAGGGCGCCACAGUCACCUUGGUGUACAAUGAGGUGGGAUCCGUUUUCGGUGGCUACACUUCGGCGAGCUGGGCUGGCAACGUAAACAGUUAUACACGAGAUGAUAAGGCCUUCUUGUUUCAACUGAAAGUCUCAAAUAAAGAUACAUUUCGGAAAUUUCCAGUUUCUAAUUCCACAUACAGCAUAUAUUCACAUUCAAGUAAUGGGCCCGUGUUUGGUGGGAAUACCGGAUAUGAUAUGAACUUAUUCUCUGGUACCAUCGCUAGCAGCGGUGGGUUAUUUCAGUUGAAUGGUGGGUUUGCGUUUGGUAUCAACUACACAAUGUCUGGGGUAUCAAGCUGGAACGAUAUUCAUAACGGGAACCUGAACAUCAAAGAACUUGAAGUGUACAGCGUAGCAGUUAAACCUCCAGAGGCAACACAUCAGGAAUGGCGGAAGGUACCUGAAUGGAGUAAGACGUUGGUGAAGGAGCUCAUGCAAGGUGUUCAGUCGAUCAAACCUAGAAACAGUUUGAUCCAAGAUUAUCGCAUCGCACUGAUUGGCCCAGUCGGUUCCGGGAAAUCCAGCUUCUGUAACACGAUCAAUUCUGUGUUCAAGGGUAGAAUUACACAAAGGGCUCUUUGUGGGGAUGGAAGACAAAGCGUCACCAAAUCGUAUGAACCUUACGAAUUCAAAUCAACACGGGACAAAGCUCCUCAUGUGCGCAUAUGUGACACGAGGGGGCUGGAACCUGAUUUCGGUAUUGACACCAUGGAGUUCACUUUUUUGCUGGAUGGUCAUAUUCCAGAAAAAUACCAGUUUCAAGCCGAGAAACCAAUUUCCUUUGACGAUUCGGCGUUUGUGACGAAGCCAGAAUUAAGCAACAAGGUUCAUUGUGUAGUCUUUGUUCUGGAUGUAUCUACGUUACUAAAGCUUGACUCCGAAAUGAUUGCAAAAAUAAAAAGUUUCCGGACCCUAACAAUGCGGAAAGGGAUACCUCAAGCGGUUAUCUUGACAAAAAUCGACCUCCUAGACAAAGCUGUCGCCCAAAACUUAGAGACGGUAUAUUCAAGCAAUGCUACUGCAAAAACAGUGCAAAAAGCUUGCGAUAUGUUCGGCUUUUCAAAGCAAUACGUGUUUCCCGUGAAGAACUAUGGAGAUGAGUUGAUGAUGGAUGACGGUGUGAACUUCCUGGCACUCUUUGCGUUGAGACAGAUCAUGUACCUGUCUCGGGAUUAUUUUGACAAUCAAAGCACCGACAGCACAGAUUGUGCCAAUACAGAAGAGGGACACGAUUUAGAAGCUGCUUCGGAGUCCAUUUAAUAAGAAAGCUGAGGGAGAUUUACUUGAAAAUAGAUAUUAAUGUUUUUGCAUGACUUUUUUUCAUAACUUUUGAUAUUGAAUUUGAUUGAUGAUAAUGUAAUGAUUCAUGGCACGUUCGAUUUCGAAUUAUGACUGUUAAUAUUAGACUACUAAGUAUAAUGGGUUUGUUUUGCGUUAAUAAACUUCUAUGAGUUUUUUUUGCUGUUUAUUGUGGGAUUUAUAUUAAUGUAUAAUUAUUCGGUCACUUAUGUUUUGUUUCGCCUUUCCUAUGAUCUAUGGCAUAAGCUAGUAACUGUUUUUUAUUAAGGAUAUCUACUACUUGCAACGAAUUGUUACCAAAUAAUAUAAUUGAUCUUUAGAUUCGACUUUUUUAAAACAUAAUUUGACCGUUUGUUUCAUUUUUUGUUAUAACUAUUUACUUAUACAAUUAUCGACUUUAUUAGACUUUUUCGUAAAUGUCGUAUUUACAGUUGAAUUUCAAAUAUCAGUGGUGUGUUUUCUGCUUCUAUAAACAUUAGCUUGGAUUGAGGAAUAUCAAACAAGUAAGUGAUUGGGAUGGAUAUUAAACCCAGGAGUAGUUUUAGUGUCACUAAAUUUAAUUGAAUUCAUCUCAUGCUUUCUUGCUGUUUUCGUGUUAUAAUGUUUGCUGUUGUUUAUUUAAACAAAUACAUUAUCUCAAUAGACUAGUGUAUGGUUACACGAAUUGCUCUCUCUGUAAUGAUUCUAGAGUAUAAUAAAUAACAAGUUUAAUAA